AUGAUCCGCGCAGGUGCCGUCAGAGCGCUGUACGCCGUCACCAGGACUCAGGUCCCUCGACAACUUCCUGCUUUCCGCAACCAGAUCUCUUCCUCUCUCCUGCAAUCAUCCCGAACCGCGCCUUCUUUCGCUAUCACAAGCAUACGAUGCUACUCUGCACCCGCCGGGCUCUCCAAAGAUGAGGUGCAGGGACGGAUAAUGGAUCUAUUGAAGAACUUUGACAAGGUCACGGAUGCAUCAAAGAUCAGCGGCACAUCACACUUUCAAAACGACCUUGGUUUGGACAGCCUGGAUACCGUUGAGGUCGUGAUGGCAAUCGAGGAAGAAUUUAGCAUUGAGAUCCCGGACAAGGAGGCCGAUGCCAUCCACAGCGUUGACCAAGCCGUCACUUACAUCAGCAAUCAACCAGAUGCGCAUUGA